UAUGAAAAAAAAGCUGAAAUAGCCAUAUCUGUAUUUUGUACAGAUGCAUGUACGCUGACUUUGGACACAAACACAGUUGCCAAGUCUCUCUUUCUGCACGAUAGUGGAAAGCAGGUGACGUGGGUCAGGGAGACACAGCAGUACCCAGAUCACCCCGACACGUUUGAGAGUGUCUCCCAGGUGCUGUGUCGCGAAGGCCUCACCCGACGCCACUACUGGGAGGUGGAGUGGCGAGGACGCUGGGUGGACGUUGCUGUGGUGAUGAGGGGGAUCCGUCGGAGGGCUGGCUCUCACCUGUGUGGGUUUGGAUACACAGAUCAGUCCUGGAGUCUGUUCUGCUCUGAGGAUCACUACAGCGCUCAGCAUGACAACCAGCCUGUAGAAAUACCAGCACCCCCGUCUCGCUCCCACAGGGUUGGAGUGUAUCUGGACUGGCCUGGUGGCUCCCUGUCCUUCUACAGUGUCUCCUCUGGGACUCUCAGUCACCUUCACACGUUCCACGGCUCCUUUACUGAGCCUCUCUACCCCGGGUUUGGGAUGGAGGAGGAUGACUGCUCUGUCACUAUUUGCACAGUAGAGUGUUUGCCAACAUUAAUUUCUCGGUCAGCUAGUGCAGAAAGAAUUGAGGAAUUUUGACUGCACGUUGAUUUGGGUUGCUGAACAUUGAAAUGUGAUUAAUAGGAGCAAAAGAGAAUUCUGAAUGUUCACUUAUGCUAUCUAAAUGGAUUUCAAACCUACAAGAAAAAGUAAUGUAUAUAUGAAAACAUGGCCAGUGUUUGACAGAGAUGCUCAUAAGUCUCUGAGCUAAUUUCCAAGUCAAGUCUCAAGUCUUUGAGCUAGAGUUCAAGACAAGUCUCUCAUUGGUAUAAUGAGUGUUGUAUCACCUUCUACGUUCAAUCCAGGCUGCUUAUAACACUGCAUAUAUUUAAGGAAUUCUGUAACUUGUCUUUUUCAUUUACAGAGCACAACCAUAUAAUGUGCACUGCAACAACUAAUCACAGCUUAUAAACUACUGUAAGUCAACACAUCCCCCCCAGACUUUCAGACCAGUUUAAUGUCUAUGAAGAUUCUCAGUCAUCCAGGUCAUA